GUUGAAAUUGAAGGUGUUCAAAAACACCAAGAAGGUGAUGAUGCCCAGGGACUCGAGGGGACCAUUUGGAUUCACCCGUUUGAAUUGGCCUCCGACCUGAGUCAAACGGGGAUGGGUGAUGGAAUCCAUCGUUUGAAUGCGCUUUAAAUUGCAAGAGAGGGCUUUCGGGCACUACCCUACCUCACAACCAUCCAACAUGGUCGCCCGUGUCUGCAAGCUCCUUAUCAAGGAUCCCGACCAUCCCAACAAAGUCUACCAUCAGUGGGCGACAACGAUUUCGCCUGGAACUAAGCCUGAUACGUUCAGGGGGGAUCUUCUCCCCGAGACGGACUCCACCGUCAAUUACAAGCUCUCCGUGGACCCCGAGGACCCCGAGGACCCCGUGGAAUAUUAUUCGCCGGAGCAGGUUCUGGCGUUUGCUCUCGAGUACCUGGCCAGCGGCUCUGACGGGCCCGCCUGCCCCCUUCCCUGCGCCUCGUGGGAUGCGGAGAAGCAGAGGCUGACCCUCACCAUUGUGCGCGAGUCCAAGCAGGACCCCAUCAAGAAGCCCAAGAAGAGCAACGCGAAAGAGCCCAUCACUCGCGUGCGAACGCCGGACUCCGCGCUGUUCAUGGAGGCCGUCCGUCGCUUCUACCCCUUCGCCAAGCGCGGCCCUGGCGAAGGCCCCCGCCUGCUCAACACCAGACUGGCCGCCAAUGGCGAGUUGAAGAAGUAUUGGCAAGACAAGAUGGCCGCGGCCUACGCCUGGAGCCUGAAGCGGGGCAUCACGUUGUCGCGCGAAGACUUCCAGGCCGACUGGACAAAGAAGGCAACCGACUUCAACGCCAAGCGCACCACUUACGAGAAGACGACCGCAGCCGCCCGCGCUGUCAAGGACAAGAACCAGCCCAAGAAUGAGCGUGGCUGGUACAAGAACGCAUGGCGCAGCAAGUGGGGCAAGAUGUGGGACGGCUACAAGCGCGACCCUGUGCGCUUCACGGCUGGCGAGAAGCAGACGCUGACGGAAGAGGAGGUCGGUCUUUGCAAGGAGCUUGAGUCUUUGCUGCCAAGCCGGGCUUCCGCGAGCGUCAAGGACGCCAAGGUGUCCUACGGUGCCAUCGACGCUGGGGGCCUUCUGGGACCGCUGGCCAAGGCCUUGAGCGGCCUCUCUUCAAAGACCAAGCGCUCCUCUCUGGGGUCCACAGGCGCCGUCGACGUCGCCGCCGCGCCUCAGCCCAGCCCGCCCAUGCCCCCGCCCAUGCCCCAGUCCGCCCCAGGCGCCAUCGACAAGCUGGCCGCGGCGGGUGCCGAGCGCAUGAAGGCGAUGGGCGACAAGAAGCGGACGGAUGCGCAGAAGCGCAAGGAUGAGAGGACGGCCGAGGCGCCAGCUAAGAAGCACAAGGGCGAUGAGGCGGUAGCCCCCGCUGCCAAGGCCAAGACCAAUGCCAAGACUGCCGCUGAGGGCAAGGCUGCCAAGGUUCCGGCCGCGAAGGCUGGCAAGGCCGCCAGGGGCAAAGCCGCCAGGGGCAACGCCGCCAGGGGCAAGUAGACUGCCAAUGCUGGUGCUACAUGGAUUGUACAAUGUUCGGACUAGGCCUAGUACGGCUUAUUCUGGACUUAGCUACCGAGCAUUAGGAUGUUUGGACCCUGUGUAGACCACCUAGCGGUAGUAUGUUCGGACCCUGUGUAGACAUCCACUCCAGCAUGAGCGAGUGGCAUUUGAGGACUGCUGUGCUGCAUGCUGUGUAGACCACCUAGCGGUAGUAUGUUUGGACCCUGUGUAGACAUCCACUCCAGCAUGAGCGACUGCUGUGCUGCAUGUGCAUGACAGUGAGACUGUGAUGGGCGACAGAGCGCCUUGGACUGUGAUGCACUUACUGUCAGAUCGUAGUUGUGUGGAAAGCGAGUGAGAUGGUCGGUUCAGGUAAUCCUGAAACAUGUGUGCAGCCAGGGUCCGCCGCAGAUGUGGGAUAGAGGCAGUGUAACGUGCUCUGGAAUGAAGAGUUUCAUGUGUUUCUCCGUGGAUUGUACGGUACCCCCGUGUUUCUGUUUUCGAAUCGCGUCUCAAGACGCAGUGCGUCUCGUGCAUCGCGUGUGUGUGAGACGCGGCGCGUCUAGGGUAUCAGGCUAGCGUCUGGUGUGACGCAUCGCGUUAGCUAAGACGCGCUCUCCAUGCAAUUGUACCGCGUCACGACUCGCGUUCCAUUGCGUCUCGCAGACGCAGUGAAACGCGCUAUCUGUAAUGGUGCCCCGCUUCACUGUUUCUGGUUGCGUCCCCAUCGCGUCUACCCCGCGUCUCCCCCGCGUUUCCCCCUUAACGCGCAGCGUCUCGGCGCGUCUGACACCGCGUCUCACAGGUCAGACGCGGCCCAGACGCGCCCAGACGCGGUUUCCCGUUGUUAUAGUGUCCAAGUCCGCGCCGGGCCCGCCUGCGCGCUGCAGUGCUUCGGCACCCCCGCCAAACCCGCCGCCCGCACAGCCAACGGGCUUCUGUGCACACGUGCUGCAGCUCCAGCGGCCCAUCGGCACCGCCGUGAGAGGGGGUUCAUGGCAGUUCACGUGAUAGCAGUCGUUGCAGUCAUCGCAAAAUACCAUGUCAAAGACGGCCGUGGCCCUCCUUGCCACCGCGACUCUUCUUGGUGGUGUGCCUGCUGAGUGCCGUUUGCACCGCCCGCCCAGAGCCUCCGGCAGCUUGUCCACGCCUGCAUCAUAAUGCGCUGUUCAAGUACGGAUGCAGUCACGACGGGAUGUAUCAACUUACGAGAGCGGAGCAACUUUGGCGCUUGCGAGCAUGUUCAAGCGUCAGGGGCAACCACCCCUGUACGUUUGUCAAUUGAUUUUGAGAAGGCGUUUGACAAGGUACCCAGAUGGGCGCUGUGGGCAACGUCUGGCCGAAAGAGGAGUACGUGGCCGAAUGAUGGAGGUCCUGAAGCGUUGCUAUGAAAGAGUUUGCCUGCGGGUGAAGGUGAACGGCAAACUGAGCGACGCGUUUGAGUCGCUGCAAGGGGUCAAGCAGGGAUGUCCUAAAAGCACCGACCUGUUUGGCACCUUCAUUGAGGCACUAGCAGAAUACGUGGACGCAUGGGACCAGCAUGAGCCAACUGAACGCACGUGGAAGCAUGAGGCGCCGACGAUAGGUGGCAAACUUGUGGCCUGCCUAUUAUACGCGGACGACCUGACGGUAUGCGCACUGUCCAUCCACCGUAUGCAGUUUUUGCUCAAUAGAUUGCACGAAUUUUGCCAAACCUUUGGUAUGCGAGUCAACAUAGCUAAAUGCGAGAUCAUGGUUUUUGCGGGAAUAGCAACGCACCGGCAAAUCCACGCCGUGUACGCUACGGCCCUUCGGUACCCGUACCCUGGGGGUGUAAGCAUACCGGUGAAGGGGCGAGCGCGGUACCUUGGCCUAUACUACGGCCCGGCCACAACGUUUGAUUCUUGCUACCAAGAGCUAAUAGCUGCGGGCAGGAGAGCUGCGUUUGGGUUGAUAGCGGCGCUAGAUAAGAACGAGUGCUCGUCCGGGCACCAUGCAAGCAUGUUUCGAAGUGCAAGUGAGGUCCGUGCUGUCGUAUGGCGUCGAGGUGUGGGGCCCCGACGCCCUGAGCGCCCUGUUUGAAGGCACGAGCUAUGGCGGCCACGACCGCACCAUGGACAAAACGCUAAAAAGCAAGUGGAGAAAUGCCAAGACUUGGUUUGACAAAGCCCUGAUUGAUCCGAUGGUGGCACUGCAAACAUCUUUCCUGGCACGAGCUGCGGGGGUUCGCAAGCCCACCUACAGGCUGCUUUAUGCUGAGUUUGCCGCACAACCCAUGCAUUUGCACUGGGCGUACAUGGUGUUUGGUUGCUGGAAUCGUAUUAUCAAGCAAGACAAAUCGCUAGCGCACGUGUUUUUGGAAGAUGCCGUAGCAACGGCAGCUGCAGGAGGUUUCGAAGGCAUGUGCUGGGUGAGCAAGGUUUACCGAGUCUGCAAAAAGCUUGGCUACGACUGGUGUACAGAGGGCCCGCAGGGCACAGACGCACUUUGUGAAUGGCUACUGCGCACGGGGCUGCCGAUUGGUAGUUUGCUGGGCAACUUCGCCCACAUGCUUAUGGGUGAAUGGAAGGCAGAGAGCAUAUGCACUGACCCUCGGGCUUUCCCUGAAAGCGGAGGGCACCGUAGUACUGCCGGUGGGCCGGGAGUUAAGAUGUGCCGCUAUACGCAGUGGAUGGGCGUCCCGCAGUUGGAUGCUGCAGUUAAGCAAGGCAUUUUACCGCACAUGAAGGAGUAUGUUACGCACAAGCACCUCAUGGCGCUGAUACGGUUCAGGCUAGGAUGUUGGGAUAUCGAGGUUAAUCGCCCCGUGGCGGGGGGCCGGUACCGUCCGCGCAACGAAAGGGUGUGCAGGCUGUGUCGAGGCGGUGUAGAAGAUGAAAAGCACGUUAUGCUGGAGUGCCCAAUUUAUGCUAACAUUCGGUUGGCUUCUGGUACUACAGGUAGCGAUAUGAAAAAGAUUAUG